AAUUUGCAGUUCAAUUUCAGCUAAUUUCUUGGUUGUUGUUUAACCUCUCUUGUGAGGAUUGUAAGUUGUGACGUUGUAUUUUUGUGCAGACGGCGCAAAACUUUGUUAAAACUUAUUUUGUUGUUAUUAUAAAUUUGUAAUAAAAACAGAAUAAACAUAAUUCGUUAAGUGCAUUCGAUUAAGUCCCUUACAGAAGUUAGCCAAUAAAUCUUCACAGACAGUUUCAAAACUUAACACAUUCUUAACUUCAUAAAGGUUUCCUUGGGUCCAUCCGUUUCCUUUUAAAGUGUAAUAAUAGGAUGUUUGCUAUUCGAAUGUUGCGGAGUUUAACCAACCUUGGGCCAAAAGUAAGUGGCCAAUUAUGGUCAAUGAACUACGCUACUGUUAAGCGUUUGAGUCUUGAAGAAAAAUUGGGCUUACCUGAAAGACCAAAGAAACCUUCAUCUCCAUAUCUGCAGUUUUGUGGACAGAAAUUUACAGAGUUUUCUAAAAUGCACCCUGGAUCUACUUUUACAGAGAUAGCUCAUAAACUUGCAGAAGCAUGGAAACUAGUAGACAUAGAAACAAAGACCAAGAUGAUGAAUGAAUUUCAUGAAAAAAUAAAGACACAUCCAGAAGCUCUACAGCAAUAUUACAGCACAUUAACUGAUGCUCAACGUGUGCAGUUGGAAGCUGCAAAAAAGACUAGGAUGGAAUCUCUAAAGAAGAUAAGAUCAAAAUUUGAACUGAGAAAAACAGGAAAGCCUACUCGUCCCACUGGCAUGUUUGGAAUUUUUGUUAAGGAUGUUUAUUCGAAAAAGACAAAUGAUUCGACAAAAUAUUUUGGAACAGGUCACUUAAAAGAAAUCAGUAAAGUGUGGAAUAAUCUAACUCCCGAAGAGAAAGCACCUUAUAAAUUCAAGUAUGAAAAGGACGAAAAAGAAUACCGAAAAAAGUUAGCCGAAUGGGAAGAAGAAAUGAUUCGUCAAGGAAAGGCUAACUUGGUCAGGAGUGAGUCACAACCAAUUCCUGUUUUAGAUGAAUCGAAAAAUUCGAAAAAGUUACUCCCUUUAAAAAAACAAAUGAAAGGAAAGUAGGAAAACAUCCUCAUAAACACUCAAAUUGCCCAUCAAUCCUUCAUGCAUCACCUCUUUUAAUAAUGAUUUGGAAUGAACCUAU